UUGACAUCUAAAAUGGGCCUUCGGAGCGCCACCUCAUUCUCUCAUCACAUGUAACGCCCGCUCAUCGAUGACUCGUACAUUUUGUAGCGCAAGGGGUGGUUACAGCUAGUAGUGAAGGCUUGUGUGUGGACAUUAGCUAGCCAGCUAGCUAACAUAUUGUGGAAUUGAAGACGCUUUUCAAGAACAGAUUUUCGACACGAUUGCCCCACUUGACAGUAGCUAGAAUAUAUACGAGGAAUUGGACAAUAUACAAAUCUGCUACCUAAACUUAUGUUGGCUCGCAUGUCUCUGCUAAGAUUUGCUAGCUAGUUAGUUAGCUAACAAGAACGGAUAUUGCUGUGACUUAGUCAACAUCUACCUAACCCAGAUUUAUUUUAAGAUUCUUAGUAAUCGGUGCCAUAUCUAACUUUGCACGUCUUGGUGUUCAGCCUUUGUUGGUACAAUUUGUUAAUGUUUAGCAAGGAACCAAAUCAAAACCAACGCUAGCUAGCCAACAACGUUGGAGAAAAAACAAUCACUACGCGAGACCGGGUAACUGGUGUUAUAGAUAACGUUAGCUGGCUAGCUAUUUAUCUUAACGUUAACGUAGCUGUCUAAAAAGCAAGAAAGGGAAGACGCUAUAGUUGUCCAAAAACGGGGUCUAGGUAUUUUUAUCCUGGUUGCUGAGGAACACCGAUAAAUCCAUUGACAUGAUGUUUCCACAAUCAAGACACUCGGCUUCCUCCCAGUCCUCCCAGCCUCUCAAGUUCACCACCUCUGACUCCUGCGACCGCAUCAAGGACGAGUUUCAGUUCCUACAAGCACAAUACCAUAGCUUGAAGAUGGAGUGUGACAAGCUAGCUAGUGAGAAGUCAGAGAUGCAGCGUCAUUACAUCAUGUACUACGAGAUGUCUUAUGGACUGAACAUUGAAAUGCACAAACAGGCUGAGAUCGUGAAGAGACUAAACGGGAUCUGUGCUCAGGUUCUCCCCUACCUAUCUCAAGAGCACCAGCAGCAGGUCCUAGGGGCCAUAGAGAGAGCCAAGCAGGUCACUCCUCCUGAGAUGAACUCUAUCAUACGGCAGCAGCUCCAGGUGCACCAGUUAUCUCAGCUCCAGGGCUUGGGCCUCCCCACGAUGGCCCCUCUCCCCAUGGGUCUGUCUGCUCCCAGCCUCCCUCCAACCUCCAGCGCCGGACUGAUGUCCCUGUCCUCCAUCCUGGCCUCGCACUCCCACUCACAGGCAGCACAUGCACAGGCUCAGGCCCAGCUGGCUAAAGAAGACAAGGCCAGAGACGCAGCAGAGAGAGAACAGAGGGAAGAGGACGGAGACAAGUCCGACUGAUGGUGGAGUGGAGAGAGGGGUGAGACAAGUUGGACUGAUGGACAACCAGGAGUGGAUCUACUGUGGGAGGGUUAGGUGGGGGGGGGGGUGAGUUGAGUGUUCAUACAGUAGGUGUCACCCUGUGGUUCGGGUCUUUAGUUACUCUCUGGGCCUCCACUCCAUCACUUUCUUAUCCUUUUUCAUCUUCUAUUAUCAUCAAAUCAGUUCGUCACCAAGCCUGUUGGACAGGUCUCCUCUGUCUGACUCCUUCCUCUUUUCCUUUCCUCUCCUCUGUUCACUGUUGCUGCUGACAACCCAUUGCCAACAGAUACUACCCUGACCUCUAACCCAGAGAUGUGGACUCGAGUCACGUGACUUGGACAUUUUAUGACUUGACAAUUUAUGAAGCGCCCCGCUCUCCACUGUCCUGCGGUAUUUAUUUAGCAAACGUGAUAACACAUCACUCCCAACAAACAAAAACAACAACUCUUAACAGAAAUGUUACAGCAGCCUACACCUGAACUGUAGGGGAAGAAAACGAUUUGACUUCUCAGUCUGAUCAACUAGGCUACUGACAACAACCAGGUGGUAAUGUUAUGUAGCCUAUUUUAUAGACCAUUUAUUUGUGUUGGGAGAAAAUGUGAAUGUGAUCAAAUUUGGUUUAAGCUAAAUUCAAACUUGGACUGGCUAGGCAACCUUGACCUUUUCAAUCCAAAACUAUUAACUGAAAUGAAUCAAACACUACUGAUUUACAUGGAUUGUGUGAGUUAAUUCAGAUUUUAAAGUUGCAGAGUCCUACACGAUGCAAACCUGCAUAAAGCAAGCCUAGCCCUGUGAGUUGUAAUGUCCAAUUGCAAUUGUUGUCUGUAGAGGAAACCCCUGUUAGUCUAGUUUUUUAAAUAUAAUUCAUGUGAACAAGUACAGGGUUGCUGCAGUUUGACAGGGGUUUUCAUCCUCCCUAGGGCCAGGCGUUAUAAAAACAACAUUGUCCAUAUAAAAACCUUUUGACAACUGAUUGACUGUCAUACCCUAUAAAGUCUUUAUACCUGGUUAGGUUACCAGAUUAGGGAAAGGUCCAAGCCCCAGGGAAAACUAUUUGCCCCACCACUGGAACCUGUGGUGCCACCUCUGCAUCAGGACAUCUGGAUCAGUCCCAAAAAUCGUUGUGUUCGGUUUGAAAGACUGUGCAGUUGCAAUGAAAUUGGCAUAAAACGUUAAGUGUUUUAUGCCAUUGACUUGAGGACUCGAAACCCAAAAUUAGGGACUUGUGACUUGACUCGACCUGAGCUGUGGGACUUGACUUGAGACAUGCCUGUUAUUUCUUGGGACUUGACUCAAAGCUUAAAACUUGAGACUUGCAAAAUUGUGACUUGGUCCCAUCUUAGCUCUAACCCUUUAACCCUGACCUCUGUUCCUCUUCUCCUAGUAGAAGUUGCCCUUAAGCUCAGAUUUAAACGAUCAAAACAUUACUGACCUUUGAUCAGUGUCUAGGGACAACUUCCUCCUGUAGGUCUCUGCUGAUUUGUCUGCAGAGUUACUGCUAACUCUGCUCACUGAUCUCACAGACAGUGAUCUGAAAGGGCCACUUGAAUAAGACAGUCGAGUGUAAAAGUGAUAGGAGCUAGAGUGUGUGUCUCUGUGUGUGUGUGUGUGUGUGCAAACUUAAGUUUUAUUUUUAUGAACCACCUUUCGUAUUCUCCCUCCCACCCCUGUCUGUCCACUCUCUUAACUGACCAAGUCUAUGGUCCAGUCCCAAAUCAACCCCUAGCCCCUAAGCACUUUCCCCUAGACAGGAAGUGUCCGAGGGGUAAGGGUUGAUCCUGGACGGGGCCUAAAUCUAACGGGACCUAAACUUCACAUCAAUCAUGUGCUCAUUCAGAUCAGAUCCUAUUGGUGGAAAGGGAGAGGAAUACAUUUGUAUAUGUCGUUCUGUUGGUUAGCAUAGCACUUGGAGCUAGAAUGUGUGGUGAGCGAGCAUGGUGCCAAACCGUUGAACACAGCUGUAGCGCACUAACCUAUUACCUACCCUCAGACGCAUAACUGUCUUUCUAAUUCAAGGCGAUAAGCUUUAGUUCUUCUCCAGGACAGUAGGUGGCAGCAAUGCCACACCAAAGCCAAACCAGACCCAGGGCUGUAUUCAAUCAAACCCCAUUACAGUAUUUACACAGACUAUUCCCCCCCAAUGGGUUAAUUAAAAUCACAGGACCCUAAAAACCUACUACUACUGCCAGGUAGACUCCCCUCACAGGUAGAUGCUUCAAGUUUUCAGAAUAAGUGUGUUUUCGGGCAGUAGUUUGUAAACCAAGACACUAAACUUUGCUAUUGCAGGUUUGAUUGAAUUUAGAGCAAAACUCGGACAUGAAUGGUUUGUGUGUUUCUGUUGUGAAGGGCCCAUUUAUAUAACUAUAUCAAUAUACAUAUAUACUUUUUUAAGCAUUUUUGUAUGUUUCAAAGCUGCUUUUAGUGUGUAUGCGUGUGAUGGAAGACGACGUUUCAGUGUAGCGUGUGUAUUAUGUGAUGUGCUAUGGGAAGAGGUACUAUCCAAUACCCCCCCCCCUCCUCUCCUGCCCCCUUGACAAUGCUGAGGAAAUGUCGCCUCCUUGUUGAGCUUUGUAAAUGUCAUUUUUAAAACUCUUUAUUUUGUCGUUAUAUGUGAAACUUCAUAAGUGUGUACUUGGCGAUAAUGUAUGUCAUCUGUGUUUAUGAAAAACCAAUACUUAUAGCUUCAUUUAAAAGAAAAGACAUGGCGGGGAAAAAGUCCCAUCUAAUGUAAACCAACCAAACAGAAACAUUGACUACACAACAUGACUGAAAGAAGCGCUCGGCAGUAAGGAAAUGUCUAUGGUGCCUUACAAAUAAAUGACUCAACGGAGA